AUUAAGAAUCUGCUGGAGAACUUCUUGGGUCUGCCGACCACCCACCAGGCAGAGACAUAAUGUGGAAUGACAACUUUAACUGGAUGUAUAGGGACGGCUGGGGGAACACCCCCACAUCCAGCGAGGAGGAAUUGUGGGACAGCGACUCCACCUGGUCAAGUGGGCAUGGGGAGGAGGAAGGGACAGAGUCCCGUGGGAGGUGGGCCGCUCUGUUGGAGAAGGGCAGCUUACUGACCCUCCAUUCCUCCAGCUCCCUCUCCCUCUCCGAUGACAACAAGGAGGCACUAGGGGCCGUCUGCCAGGUCCUGACCACCAGGGUGGGAGACAUCCUGAACAGUACCUGCAACGACGAUUGCAAGGCCAGGCUCAUCAUCCAGAAAGGAUUGGAUUCCGGUGCCAGGGAAAGGUUCCCUGACUCUCCGUGUCCCUCUUCACCCAAGGACGAAGAGGAGGUGGUUGUGAGUGCCAUGACUGUCUCAUACCCUAAACCCUCCACCUCAACCCAGGCAGCAUGGGCAGCUCCUGCCCAGACUCUGGACGUUUUUCUGCCCAGACCAUGCCUGGAUGAAGAAGAGGUAGUGCCCAGCACCUCCUUGAAGGACAACUCUGUGACAACCACCCAUGCAGCACUGGCAGCUCCUUCCCAGAGCCUGGAAGAAGAGGUGGGAGAAGCUGAGGUGUCCCACGUGAGUGAGAGCUCCCUGAUGCCCACCAAGGCCAUUGAGAAGAUUCCCUCCCUCAUACCAGGCAAGAUCCUUAUCGAGGAGGACACCCUCAGUUGCAGCACUCCCUGGGCCACCGUCAUGAGCCCCCAGACCCUGAAGUUCAUCCUCCACGGCAUCAUGUGCCGACUGGAGGCCUCAGAGUCCCCCCAGACAAGGAGGGCCAAUGACCCCUUCAGGCUGAUGAAGGAUCUCUUUCUGGAGGUCCAGCAUGCCCUGAAGUAUGCUGACAUCUCUGUCCUCUUUGGCCUGGAGGAGAGCAUCCAAUUCAUUGGGGAGGAUGCGGUGAAGGCCAUCGUGAAGACUGCAGCUAAAAGAUUGUCCCUGCGUUCGGACUCCAACCGGGCUCAACUGCGUGCCGCACGCUCUGGUGGUGAGGCAGCCAUCAGGUGCAUGGCGGACACCAUCACACAAGUCAUAGAUGACUAUUCCGAGGACUGGAGUUCCGGUGGCCAUUUUGGAGCCAGGAGGAGCCGUGCUAGUGGGAGGUCACACUCCUCAACCUCCUCAAGGAGUGAAGUUACCCUCACCGAGGAGCUCCUGGCCCGGAGGGAAUCCCUUGAAGAGGACCUAGCGGAGAUGGCUGAUGACAGCACUGGUUUGGAGAAGACCAUUGUAAGCUCAGCCAUCUCUGCCAAGUCCCAGGUAAUUAGCUACAUUUCAGACAGCUCCGAGCCCAACAGCUGUGCCCUCUUCACAGACCUCGAGGACAUCACCUCCACACAUGUGAGACAGACAAGAACUAGUAGAUUGUUUAGUUAUUUGGGCUGUUUGAUUGUGAGGCAUCAACUCAAAUCUGUUUCUCUCUCUACGAAGGAGAAGGAGAAGGAAGAGGCUAUGAAGGAAGAAGUGAGGAAGUCAGGAAAGAAGAGGCGAAGAAAUAACAAGGACCAGAAGAAGAACAAGGUGUCUCCUCUUGGCAAUGAUAGUACUGUGGCUGCAGAUGAGCCGAAGAAAAAACAGUCUCUCCUCCCGCGGAUCACAGCUGCCCUGGCAAGACUAUUUUGCUUCCCCUGCAAAAAAAGAUGCAAAAAGUAACUGCAGAGACGAGUUUGGGAAACCCUGAUACCACCUCCCCCAACCCACUUUCUAAAAAAACAUCAGUGCCACCAGAAGAGGGAGACAACCCCCCCUAACUAAUUUGAUUACCCCCCCAUUUAAUUUAAUAAACACAACUUUCAGCUA